CAAGGAGCACGUCAAUGCAGCAUGAACAGGGAGACGGAUGGAGUAGGUGGGAGUCGUCCAACCCAACAUCUCGCUAACUGUCUACUGUAGCCUUAGCUAACUAACGCUAGCUCGCUUAAAUCAGCCACAACCCACCGGCUAUCACGGCUGGUCAACCUGUUUCCGGACACAGACAAGAAGCCGGAAACUUUAAGGUUUUUGUAAGAAUGGCGCACACUAACUGGGAUACUUUGAUUGAUCGACUCUGUUGAACAUUUGUGCCCACGUCCAGCCACAACAACUGCAGCUGGCUAACAAGUUUAGCUUAAGUUAGCAUUAGCGAACAACCGCUGAACAGCUGUAAUCCCGGAAGGCCGUUGCACCGGGUGGGGAUUUUAACUUUCUCUCUCCGUGUCCGGACUGAACCAACACAAAGUUGCUAGCCAAUGAUAAAUUACUAUAUAUCAUUUAUCGGUAAGAAUGGAGUCCUCUUUGGGCAUAUGCGACGAGGAGUGCUUGGCAACUGUGAAAGUUCAGGAGCUGAGGGCUGGCCAGAAGGAGCCCAGACUACUGUCACUAAUUGAGCGCAGUGGAGAGUUUAUAUUGGGUGUUUUGGCGACCCCUGAUGCUGUUGUGUCUCGUCCAGUGGCUCAGCUGUCUAUACCCAUCAAUGGUAAUUUUGAAAUUGUUCGAGAGGCGGAAGAGGCUCUUCUUAUAAACUUCUCAGUAGCUUCCUGCGUUAGGAUACGAAUCAAAGGAGAUAAAGCUCCAGAGCUGCUGUUAGAACUCCAGGAUGAUGAUCGGACUCAGACUUUCUUCGCCCAGGUGAAGAGUGCUCAGCAACAAGUUGAAUCCAAAGUCAGAAAACCCAAAGCAAUGGAGCCACUUGCGCCAACAGCCUUGAGAGGUCCGGUCCCGAUCCCACCGCAAAGGGCAAACAAGGCUGCUAACUCUGUAGGCUCUGGAGUCAAACCACCCAAAUCUACCAGUGCUCUGCCUCCCAAACUUAACAACAGCAGGUCAACAAAUCAGACUAACACAGAUCCAGUUCAAUCACUUGCCUCAGACUUUGGGUUUGAGGACAACUUUAACAACGCUCUCAAAGUGGAGGAAAAAAAGAACCACCAGAAUCGUAUAGUCGCCACUAGGGAGCCUCCUCCGGUUCCCCCUCUACCUCCUCGCAAAGCUUCCUACACCCCAUCCAAUCCUCUGCCUCCUCCACCAGUCCCCAAAGACAGAGCUGUCUCCCUACAGGCCAAAGACAACUCUAAACCAGAUAGUUUUAGGUCAGGGUUUGACCGUACGGACAGGCCCACGUCUUGGAGCGACAGCCCCACAACCAACAGCAUGAGACAGGCCAUGUUCUCCAGCCAGGCAGGGCAAAGAGAAUACCUCAUCAAACACCGUCUGGGUAAGAAGGAGAACGAGUUUGUGGACAUCCAGACAUUCAGGUUUUUCACAGGUACGUGGAAUGUGAACGGCCAGGUUCCAGACAGCAGCCUUGAGCCGUGGCUCUGCUGUGACAUAGAACCUCCUGAUAUUUAUGCUCUGGGUUUCCAAGAAUUGGACCUGAGCACUGAAGCUUUCCUCUACAUGGACUCACCCAAGGAGCAGCUGUGGGUGGAAGCUAUGGAGAGGAGCUUGCACCCAAAAGCCAAGUACAAGAGGGUUCGAAUAAUACGUCUCGUUGGGAUGAUGCUGGUCAUCUUUGUCAAAAAGAUUCACAAGAAUCACAUUAAAGAAGUGGCUGCAGAGCAUGUGGGAACAGGAAUCAUGGGGAAAAUGGGUAACAAAGGAGGGGUGGCAGUCAGGUUUGUUUUCCACAAUACUAGCUUCUGCAUUGUCAACUCGCAUCUAGCAGCACACGUGGAAGACUUUGAGCGCCGCAACCAGGACUAUAAAGACAUCUGUGCCCGCAUGACCUUCCACUUACUGGACCACCCCCCUCUCAGUAUCGUCAAACACGAUGUAGUAAUCUGGCUUGGGGAUCUAAACUAUCGUCUGUUUAUAUACGAUUCGGCUGAGGUCAAACAGCACAUCUCUCAGAAUGAGCUAAAAAAGCUUCAGGAGCAUGAUCAGCUUAACAUUCAGAGGCAGACCAAGAAAGCCUUCACAGACUUCAUGGAGGGAGAGAUCAACUUCAUUCCCACAUACAAGUAUGACCCAAAAACGGAUCGAUGGGACUCCAGUGGGAAGUGCCGUGUCCCGGCUUGGUGUGACCGAAUCCUGUGGAGGGGCAACAAUGUCAAGCAGCUCAAAUACCGGAGUCACAUGGAGCUGCAAACUAGUGACCACAAGCCUGUCAGUGCUCUCUUCUCUGUAGGGGUUAAGGUGGUAAAUGAGCAGCGCCACAAAAAGGUGUUUGAAGAGAUUGUUCGAGCGAUGGACAGAAUGGAGAACGAUUUCCUUCCAUCUGUAACUUUGAACAGGAGAGAGUUUACAUUUGGCAAUGUGAAAUUUCGCCAGCUUCAAAAGGAGCGCUUCCUAAUAACAAACGACGGCCAGGUCCCCUGUCAUUUUGCCUUCAUCCCCAAACUCAAUGACUCGCAGUAUUGUAAGCCUUGGCUCCGUGCCGAGCCAAGUGACGGAUUCUUAGAGCCGAAUGAGACCCUGGAGAUCUAUCUGGAGGUGUACGUCAGUAAAGACUCCGUCACGCUGUUGAACUCUGGAGAGGACGCCAUAGAGGACAUUCUGGUUCUCCAUCUGGACCGUGGCAAAGACUACUUCCUUACCAUCUCUGGCAACUACCUGCCCAGCUGCUUUGGUACCUCGCUGGAGACUCUGUGCCGCAUGAAGAAACCCAUCAGAGAGAUCCCCAUCACCAAACUAAUUGACCUGGGAGAGGACAACUACAUGGAAAAGGAAAAGUCAAAGGUGAGCUUCCUGAUGGUGGAUGGUGCAAGUACCGAGGAUAAACCUCUGAAGAUCCCCAAAGAAGUGUGGAUUCUUGUCAACCAUCUCUUCACCAAGUCUUGUGAUCAGGAGGACUUGUUCCAGACACCAGGUCUACAAGAUGAGCUGCAAAGCAUCAUUGACUGUCUGGACACCAGCAUCCCAGACUCUAUCUCUGGUUGUAACCACUCUGUAGCUGAGGCUCUGUUGAUCUUCCUGGAGGCCUUGCCCGAGCCAGUGGUGUGUUAUGAACUCUACCAACGGUGCCUAGAAUGCUCUCAUGACAGCCGCCUCUGCAAACAGUUGAUCUCCCACCUUCCCCGGGCUCACCGCAACGUGUUUCGCUACUUAAUGGCUUUCCUGAAGGAACUUCUCAAGCACUCGCACAACAACAACCUAACAGCCAGCCUCAUAGCCACACUCUUUGCCAGCCUCCUAAUCCGUCCGCCUCCCAACCUGAUGGGCAGGCCGACACCACAUGAACGGCAGAAAGCAAUCGACUUCAUUCUGGGUUUCCUCAUGGCAGGAGACGAGGAGUAACCUAUGUUAAUAGUACUUUGUGUCAUCAGUUGGGUUUGGAGUUUAUUCCCAGCUUGGGUUACUAAUGGCAAAUGACUUGGACCUGUAGGACACUGUGACACAUCCACAUGGUACUUUGUCAUCUAUUGGAGACCAGUACAGCUCUUUUGCAUCCUACCUUUUCACAAUCACUCAUGUAAGAUGAACUCAAGACUUCCAUUAGAGCUGUGAUGAUUUUACCAAAUGUUAUAUAUUCAGUUCGUCCACACUAUGAACUCUCGCUGGAUUUGGAUGCACUUGGGAGAGGUUUAAACUCAUGCCUAUGCACUUUCUGACGACCGAAAGGCUGUGGGUCUAGACUAAAGUUGUUCUCCUCUUCAGCUGACUCUUCUUAUUGUAGGCGCUCAUGCCAAAAACAUCUCUCCGGAACACUGAGUGAGUGGUAUGAAUGUUAAAAACACUAUGUAUCCAUAGAUAAGCGAAAGACUCAGUUACACUAAAGAAAAGUAAAUCCCUGAAGUUUAAAGAGUAGACUGAAUAAAAGUAUAAAUAGUUUGAAAUGGGAUAAUUGUGGAAAUGUAUCUCUAAGAAUGUUUAAGUUUAAGAUAAUUCAUGAAAAUCAUUCAUUUUAACUGAGGGGACAAUAUCAUAGAUAUCAUUAGGACCUUUUUGUUACCAUACAGAUUGUAUUAUAACUGUUAUUUAAAUAAUUUUCCGUUUGCACCACGUACCAUGGGAACGGUUUCUGGUUCCUACUACACUAUGUUUUGUUUUUUAGCUCUGCAUUGGUUUUAAAUUUUCUGUUGCUUGUUUUUAUCAUCGUGUUUUAGAAAACUCUCUGAAAAACUCUCUGAAACUGUCAGUGUUUGCUGUUUUUAUAUAACUCUAGCCGUGGGCUUCACAUCUCGUUAUGCCAGUUCCUUUUGAGUUACAAAACAAGUCUGGUAACACACUAACUUCCGGGUCAGCCAGAAUCGAGCGAACAGUCACCCUCUAUGGUUCUUAAUUAAUGUUAUUAAAUAUUGUAAAUAGUGAUUGUUUCCCUGGGUAUUUUAUGGGUAUUUGACUGUCUGUAUGUGACGCAAAUCUGUGAUGGCGUCUUACGUUUUGUCAUGUUUGUGGUACUGUUGAUGUCUGUUUGUUUGUUUACAUGUCUUUCCUUACUUCUGCCACAUUAUUAUUUUUGUUCCGUUUGUUCCUAGAUACCGCUGUUGUUUUACCCGUGGUAAAUCCAGAUGAAUAGUACAUUUGCUUUAAGUAAUGCAGCACUUUCUGGGUGCAAGAUUUAAUGGCUCGUUACUCUGCAGGGUACAGCCUGUCUUUGUGCACAUUUCUCAAUUGUGCCACUGAGGACAUUUGUAGUCACUGUUGAAAAAACAUGUCAUGGUUAUUGAAAUAAGGAACUUAAGCUGUGUAUAAUGAACAUUUCCUCUUACAGUUUUGCUUAAGAUAUGUCAGCGUUAGUUUCCCCAGUUGACAACAAUAGUCACAUUUAUGCCAUUAAUUUUGCCUUUGCUCAGUAUCUCCUGUAAUUUAUUGAUGCCAGAGGAUUUCUCCUUAGAUUCAAGAUUCAUGUUUGGAGACAUUGUUAUCACAUGAUGUAAGGUGACAACACUGACAAUCAUGACACGUAUAGAAAAGCCUGUCUGGCUGAGCUUGCUCUGUUCUUGCAUAGUUUUUUUGUUUUUUUUCUGCCUUAUCAACAUUAAUACACUAGAUUCCUCUGUUGGUCUUAAUCAAGCUGCUCUUUGCCAAAAGGUGGCUUGGGCCUGAAUGAAUAGUUCUGGUGAUUCGGGAGAGCCAUUUUACAUUUAUUUAUUCAAUCUGUCUUUAGCCUUAUCCCCCAACAUGUCAAACAGGAAAUCAGUAUAAUCAAUAACCUCUGAUUUUAAGUGUUGUCUUAUGCCACUCUACCAACUGAUGCAUUUGUGUUUUUUGUCUUUAAUUUUGUCACGAUCUGUUCAUAAAAUUAAGGUACAUUUAAAGGUACGUGAGGAAACACUCGCACCUGUUUUCAACUUUACAGAUUUUUGGUGCUUUUAAUUUAUUUAACAGAAAUAAAACUAUGUAUAAAGCAGUUUUGUUUUCCAAUUCAA